AAUAGCUCAGUUUCCGGAUCACGGGGCACAAUUUAACGUUUCCCACUGAGGCUGAUGUUUAUACAGAAAAAACGUGAAGAGAUUGCAUUUCGAAUUUUUCUUCGUGAAGUGUUUGAAAAGAACGCAGGUUGUGUGUUUUAUUAACGUACAGCAAAGGAGAGGCGAAAGCUUCAUUCAGCGUCCAUGGGUCGGUCAGUGUCAUCAUCACGAGAAAACGAUCGAUAAGUUGACUCCAAAAUUAUAAUCCAUUCUACACGCUAACUGGACUAGAAGUGAUUUGCUGAUGAUGAGCCAUUUCUGACCGAAGCGAUGGAUAAAGCAGUUUUCCAGAAGCCGGCCCGCUGCGGGCUCGGCAAGUGUCACCCACCAUGUCUUCAGGUCUUCAAAAACAUCCAGAGUUUCACGUUCUUUCUGUGUAUCUUUGCCGUCAUGUCGGGAAUGUUUCCAAUGUAUCUCGUCUCCCAGAUCACCACAAUCGAGAAACACUUUGGCAUGCCAAGUCAGCGCUCGGGCAUGAUCGUCAGCGCAGGGGAAAUCGGUUUCCUUAUAACUGUUGUUUUCGUCGGCCAUUUCUUAAACACGUCUCAUCGGCCGCGGGUGUUGGCUGGAUGUGCCUUUACCAUCGGCCUCUCAUCCAUUCUGAUGACAUUACCGUUCUUCAUCUACGGGACCCCGCACAAACACGAUGGUAGCCAAACGGCUGAGGAAUUGAGCAUUAGCAACAGUGGUCAGCUUUGUCAGAGAAAUCAGUCCCAGCUCGACCUUUUAGCGAGAUGUGACAAUGAGACCGGGGCUGGAGUUGGAAACGGAAAUGCGUCAUUUGGCAUCUUUCUGUUUGCUGCCAUCCUGUCCGGCUGUGGCGCUACUGGCCUGUGGUCUAUUGGCAUUGCUUUCUUGGACGAUAACGCUGGCAAAAAGGAGGCAGCUUUAUACAUCGGUAUGAUGUUUUGCCUUCGUUCAAUUGCCCCAGUAUUCGGCUUGAUGUUUGGUGCUGGGGUGUCGCACAUUUCAGUGGAUCUUCAAGACCACCAUCUGAGUCCGGAGCAUUCGUCUUGGAUCGGGGCAUGGUGGAUUGGAUUCCUAACCAUCGGUGUAAUAACAGUCUUCGCGGGCCUCCCUCUCCUGUUUUACCCAAAACAAUUACCUAAGGCCAUUGGAAGAAAGGCAUCGACAGCAGAGCCUAACCUCAUGAGAGAGCGGAGUCGAAGCAUCGUAGAGAGAGCGGCGGAGGAGAGCAAGACAUUGGCUAUAAGUUUCCCCAAAAGCGUCUGGAAGUUGUUAAGGAACAGCGUUUUCCUUGUCAUGAUUACUGGAACUAUGUUUGACGCAGCGGGUGGCGUAGGAUACAUGGCUUUUGGACCCAAAUAUAUAGAGUCACAGUUCCGCGUUGACACGUUCACAGCAAACACCAUUACAGCUGGAAUUGUCUUGUCGAGCGCCCUCGGAAUGGGUUUCAGCGGGCUGCUGACCUCACGAAUCAAGAAGAAACUGAAUGAUCUAUUCCUUCGGGCGGUCAUAGCUUUGGCAGUCUGCUAUACGUUGUUCCUGGGGAUGAUGUCGUUUGGGUGCCAAGAAGUCCAAAUAUCCGGAUAUACUAACACACUUGCUGACAUGACUACUAAUUCGAGUGGUUCAUUCCCGAACAUCAACGAGACAUGUCAUCAGUGCUACUGUCCGGAGGGGCAGUAUGAGCCAGUUUGUGGGUCGAAUGGUGUCACGUACUAUUCACCGUGCCAGGCAGGCUGUGAUGCGGGAGGAAGUGACAUUGGUUAUUCUGGUUGUGACUGCGUCGGAGGUAAUUUAACGUCCACGUCGGGGGCCUGCCCGUCUGAGUGUGGUAUGAUCAUCCCUUACGCUGUGUGUUUGAUAGUCCUCAGCUUCUUCACCAGUUUGGCAAUCAUGCCAUUUGUCAUGGUAUCAAUAAGAUGCGUGAACGAAAAUGACAAAUCACUUGCACUGGCGUUAUUGAACAUAGCCGUCAGUCUCGGCAUCCUUCCCGUGCCUGUCCUCUACGGGUCGCUCUUGGACAGUCUCUGCCUGGUGACGGAAUCCACCUCAAGCUGCAACCAGGAUGAGUCUGGCGUAUGCCUCGUCUACGACAAUGACGCCACCAGAUACAGCCUCCAUGGUCUGACUUUCGGAAUACGUUUUGUGUCUCCGCUAUUGUACAUAUUGUGUUGGUAUCUCUCCAGGAAUAUGGUGUUUGCUGGAGAUGAGACGGAUGAACAAAAUCAGAAAAUGCAAGAACUAAAUAAUCUCGAAAAAGAAAAAGAAAAAGAGAAUGAUGGAGAAAUCAUUGAACCAGAAACUUUAAAAGCAAUCAUUGCCGUUUAAUCCUUUUUCUAAAGAUGGUUAACUUAUUCGAAGCAUGUUGUUUUCUCUUCGCUUGCACAGCUGCGCUACAGCUGUUAUGCUCGGAAAAUAUUUUUCACAGCAACAAGUUCAAACAUUUUGCUCGGACGUUUCCACUUCAGCCACAACUGGUUCUAAACAUUUUGUGCUCGGACGUUUCUUUCAUAGUCACAAGCUUUUGUACUCGUACGUUGUUUUUGCAACCACAACUAGUUCUAGAUCACACUGUAUGUGACGUUCUAAACAAGUUGUACACAUACUCCGUAGUCUUUGGGAAUACGUUGUACGAGAGCAUAUAAACCGCUGGUCAAAAUCGAAUUUUCACAAUGCUAAGUUGGCAAGGUCAACCUGCUCGCUCAUCAAGCAGACGAACUGAAGUGAUUUUAUUUGCAGCUUUUUUUCACACGUUUCCAAUGGGCUUAAUCAUAAGGUUUUUAAAGGACCCAGUUUUGAAUCCACCUUGCACUGAAGGCCAAUGUACAGACAUGUGCAUAGGCCUACAAAUUUGAUUAAUCUAUGGCCUUUCCAGGAAUUUUAUUAGAUAAUUCUAAAGUAUGGUGACUUAACAGCAUGCAGCAUGGCCAGAAACAGCGAUGUAAGAGCUUGGUGAAAUGACAUGGUAUUCAUAUUACAUGACUUUUCCCAUCCAUCGAUGAUUUGCAAAGCUUUAUGCCACUUGUAUAGCUAAUUAAGCCUAUCAGCAUUAUUGGUGGUGUAACUUUGGUGAGAGGUGUUUUGCUGUUGGUGCAGCCCGCUUGUGGAACCAGCUGCCACCGGACUUUCACUCACUUGACUCUAUUGUAUCCAUCAAAAAGGAGUUGAAAACGUGGCUAUUUAGAAAGGCUUUGGGGGGAGUAGCGCUUUAACAUCGUAUUAUCAUAAUGAGAAGCGCUAUAUGAAUAUAGACUAUUAUUAUCAUUAUCAUUAAGGUGGGGCAAAGACGGGCAGUUUUGCCAUGGAAAAAAUUGAGAAAAAAAACGCCAUUUACUCAUAAACUGUAGGUGAUUUUUUUCUUCAAAGUGCUAGCUUGCUCUAGCAAUGACCCUUAUUCACGCGUUGAUAUUGUUUUUGGCAGAAAAAAAUCAACAGGUUUGCUUAUUCCUUGCACUCAAAAAAAUCCUUCGUUUCUCAUAGUUAGGAAGAUUUGUGAACCUGAAAGACUAUCUCAUACCUUCAACAUUGUUUAUUGACCACAAAUUGACACUUGAUAUAAGUUAGCAAACAACAGUUUUCAUCUUAUUUCAUGAAUUGGGUUUCAUAUUUUUAAUCUCUUCCUCUUAAUUGAACAACUUAAUUGCCAAUGAAACGGAUGGCUAAAAAAUUA